CGAUAAUACAAGAAGCACCUUGCGCAAAUAGAUGUCGUCUUGCACGUGUCGACGCGAGGACGCGCCUGCCAAAAGCCCCCGCGCUACGCGUAACUUCCAACUGCAACCCCACCCACUUCACCGUCCCACAAUACAGCCAACAUGUCGCGAGACGAGACACCGCUGGUACGCGACAUACCAGAUGAAGAAUCAUACAGUCAUGUGCACCGCGUAGUACUCCAGUCAUUCCUUACCCAUGGCGUAAUGACACUCGACGAGUUCAAGCCCGUCCUCGCGUCCAUCAUGACCGCCCAUAACCCCGACCGUCCCUUCCUCGAGGGUGAUGUGACGCAAUCCGGCUUCAUAACGCCGAUGCUGCAAACCAUCAACGCACGGCUGGAGCCAUACAACUACGAGAUCCGGCACGGCCGCAACCAGAUCAGCAAAGAGAUAACCUACGCCCUCGUCAACAAAACCUCCGACGCAAUGACGCAGCUCGCAACCCGCUUCUCCGCCUCGGAAAUAGCGUACAUCCGCCGCCUGCUCGAUGCCAUGUUCGAGACCCACAACACCGCCGUGCGCGAGACAAUGGCGCUCAAGCAAAUGGAAGCCAGCAACCUCGCCAGACCGCGGCGAAGCAGACAGAGCCAGGCAGCCAGCGUGGCAGACGCGGCUGACAGCCAGGCGCCAGACACAGGAAUUACGAUUGCAGAGGCGGAUGCGGUGCUCAAUGCGCUGGUCCAGGAUGGCUGGUUGCAGCUCAGCAAAGCCGGGUACUACUCGCUUGCGCCGCGCGCGCUGAUGGAACUGCAUUCUUAUCUGAAGGAGACGUAUAAUGAGGCUGCGGAGGAUGAGGACGACGAGCCGACGGUCAGGAUCCGCGACUGUGAGGGCUGCAGGGAGAUUGUCACGUAUGGGGUGCGGUGUAAUAAUCGCGAGUGUGGGGUGCGCUGGCACGACCGGUGCGCGAACCAGUAUUACAGCGGCAGGAGGGCGGAGGGGAAGAAGUGCCCGCAGUGCAGGACGGUGUGUGGAGGGAACGUGUAUGUGGGCGAGAGAGCGGAUAGGGUAGCGAGGAGGAAUAGCUCAGGCGGGGGAGGAGGAGAGGAAGUGAUGGAUGACGAGGACGAGUGAUGAUACCCAGUGCAAGCGAAGAGGCAAAAUGAAGAUGCGAAAGUCGUAUAUACAGUGCCCAAAACCACCAAUCUGUC